UUUUUUAACAUGGAAUAUAUAUGUUAUUGUUUGUUGUAAGUGUCUUGUACAGUUGCGCGCCACUGCUAAACGCUGUACUGGCUAGAAUAAAUAAUUGAAAAUCGUGUUUAGUUGUCCUCAUGGACUGUGGGGUUACACUUCCGCAUAAAGGGGCUUGAUGGCUUGCUCUGAUAGUCAUAAAGCAAGUUUGGAAGAGGACUGUUAUCUUGGAGCUGUUGGUGGCCAGCUGUCCAGUUGUGCCUUGGCGAUGCUGGAAAAGGAACGGGAAUCCAUACACAGCCCAUCGGAGAGCCCUGGCACCUUAAUGAACAGCAGCACCUCCACCAGUCUCCAGUCAGCUGCUCUUGUGCAAGGCUAUGAUGUGGAGUUUGACCCACCACUUGAGAGUAAAUACGAGUGUCCCAUUUGUCUCAUGGCACUCAGGAAUGCCAUUCAAACACCCUGUGGACACCGUUUCUGCAAGAGCUGCAUUGAGAAGUCUAUUCGGGAUACGGGACAGAGGUGCCCAGUGGAUAAUGAAAUGUUGUUAGAAGACCAGCUCUUUCCUGAUAACUUUGCCAAAAGGGAAAUUCUUUCCCUCACUGUCCGCUGUCCAAAUGCUGGAUGUACUGACAAAAUGGAGCUUCGACAUUUAGAGAAUCAUUUGGCACUGUGUCCAUUUGCAACCAUCUCCUGCCCACAGUGCCAACAGUCUGUGAGAAAAACCUACAUAGAGACACACAAAACCAUCGAGUGUCCAAGGAGACCCAUGACAUGCCCAGACUGUGUUGCAAGCUUUGUAUACGAGGAAAAGGAGCUUCAUGAGCAGCAGUGUCCCUUUGCUAACAUCAAGUGCCAGUACUGUGAGCUGGAUCUCAUCAGAGAUCAGAUGGACUCUCAUUGUGAUACAGAUUGCCCUAAAGCCCCAAUUGCCUGCACCUUUAGCCCCUUUGGAUGUAAGGAAAGGAUGCAGCGCCACAACCUGGCUCAGCACAUGCAAGAUUUCACACAGAUGCACAUGCGUUACAUGGCAGAGUACUUGAGAAGCCUUACUCUUAACGGUACAGCACCAAAAUCCCUUUAUACCCUUGGAUCUACCGUUUCAUCGGAGGAUCAAGGAGCUGCAGCGUCCACAUCUUGUCGAGGAGCUGCAAGUUGUAGCAGCAGUUGUGCACCAUGUCAGCAUAGUGAAGAGGUGCUUCGGAUCCGGGAAAUGGACGGACGAUUAGUGAAACAGGACCACCAGCUACGUGAGCUCAUCAUUUUAAAUGAUACUCGGGCAGGGCAGCUCACUGAGCUUCAGCGAAAGGUAUCAACGCUGGAGGAGACCGUGAAGGAGCUGGAGGCACAGCAAUGUCAUGGCAUCUUCAUCUGGCGCCUCAGAGCUUUUUCUACCCACCUCCGCAACCAAGAAGCAGGCCUGCCCGUCGUUGAGCACAGCCCAGGAUUCUACACCGGCCGGCCAGGCUACAAACUGUGUCUGCGCUUGCACCUACAGACUCCCAACGCCCCGCGCUGCUCCAACUACAUCUCCCUCUUUGUUCACACCAUGCAAGGAGCUUUUGAUGGACAACUUAACUGGCCCUUUCAGGGCACUAUCCGUCUGGCCAUCCUGGACCAGGGCCCUGAUGCGCAGCACCACAUGGAGGUGAUGGAGACCAAGCCAGACCUUCAAGCCUUCCAGAAGCCUACCAUUCCGCGCAACCCCAAAGGUUUUGGCUAUGUGACAUUUUUGCACCUGCAUCAGCUGAGUCAACGAGCAUUUGUGAAGGAUGACACUCUUCUCAUCCGCUGCGAGGUCACACCACGUUUUGACAUGUUCCACCGCGAGGGACCCUCGGUGCAGCCGAGAGGACCUGAAGCAUCCCGGGACUAAAUUGCCGGUCAUGCGUAGUUACAAGUGAGCAAAUAGGCUAGUAUUUAUUAUCACCAGCUUUUAAAUGUCUUUGAAUGAUUUAAAUGCAGUCUUAUUUCAAUAAGUUUUGAAAUAUUCUGCCUGUUCGCAUAUCUUUCAACAAGCUUACAUGUUCAUGUUGUAUGAAUAGAAAUAUGGUCAUUGAUGCAGGGUUCCUAUGCAAGUAUGGAAUUUGAUUUAAUAUAUUUCCAGGUCUGGAAAAGUACAGAAAAUGGAAACUCCAGUUUGACAGAA